AUGGCUGUUAAAAUUGAAUCAUAUUUUUCUAAUGAGUUCAUCAAGCCAGAGGAAAAAAAUGAAGAUAAAAAAACAGAAAAUGAACAGAUAACAGAAGAAGAUAGUUGGGUGGUAAUUGGUUCAUUUUUUGGAAGUCAUGGUUUAGUAAAUCAGCAAAUUGAAAGUUAUAAUGAUUUUAUCGAAUAUAGAAUGCAAGAAAUUAUUGAUGAAUAUCCUCAAAUAGAAAUAAAGCCACAACCGCAAUAUAAAUCUGAUAAAGAAGAAAAUAAUAAUAUAAUAUAUUGUUUAAAAUUUGGUCAGUUAUCUUUAGAUAGACCUUUUUAUGAUGAAAAAAAUUUAACUAAUAAAAAUUUAUGGCCACAAGAAGCUAGACUAAGAAAUUUAACUUACUCUUCAGCUAUUUAUAUUGAUAUUGAACAGAGCACAUACGUAAUAGAUGAAACCACUAAAAAACAAGUUUUAAAAGAGAAAUUUUUAUAUGAAAGAAUAAAUUUAGGUAGGAUUCCUUUGAUGUUAAAAUCUAUGUUUUGUUGGACUAAAGGAUUGCCUGAAAAUGAAAUAACUGAUAUGGGAGAAUGCUCAUAUGAUCAAGGGGGUUAUUUUAUUGUUAAUGGAGGAGAAAAAGUAUUAGUAGCACAGGAAAGAAUGGCUCAUAAUUUUAUUUAUGUAUUUAAAAAAAAACAACCAUCGAAAUUUGGUUGGGUUGCUGAAAUAAGAUCUCAAAUGGAGAGAUCUCAAGCUACUUCUUCAUUUUCAGUUAAAAUGAAAACAAAAUCAGGAUCUAGAGGAAAUAGUGCAAAGACAGGUGGCCAAUUAGUAGCCACUUUGCCUUAUAUAAGAACAGAGAUAUCUGUUGGAAUUUUAUUUCGUGCUUUGGGAUGUACUUCCGAUAGAGAUAUAUUACAAAGAAUUGUAUAUGAUUUUAAUGACAAAUUAAUGAUAAAUUCUUUAAGAGAAACAUUAGAAGAAUGCAUAGAUUACCCAACUCAAGAUAUAUGUUUGGAUUUUAUUGGAAAAAGAGGGCCAACUGUUGGUGCUUCAAGAGAAAAAAGAAUUUUAUAUGCAAAAGAAUUAUUACGUAAAGAAGUAUUACCUCACAUGGGUACAGGGCCAGGAGUUGAAAGUAAAAAGUCUUAUUUUAUUGGUUAUAUGAUUCAUCGCUUAUUAUUGGCUGAAUUAGGUAGAAUUAAAGAAGAUGACAGAGAUCAUUUCGGAAAAAAAAGAUUAGAUAUUGCAGGUCCUUUAAUGGCUAGUAGUUUUUCAACUUAUUUUCGUAAAAUGGCAAAAGACGUAAAAAGAGUAUUGCAAAGACAAAUUGAUAAUAAUAAGCCUUUUGAUGUAGCUGGUGCUAUUAGGAGUUGUUCUCAGAUUACUCAAGGGAUGCAAUAUCAAUUGGCUACUGGAAAUUGGGGGAAAGAUAAAGACGGAAAAGUUAUUAGAACAGGGGUGGCACAAGUAUUAAAUCGUUUAACAUAUUCAUCUUGUUUAUCUCAUUUAAGAAGAUUAAAUACGCCAUUAGGUAGAGAAGGGAAAAUGGCAAAACCUAGGCAAUUACAUAAUACUCACUGGGGAAUGAUUUGCCCUUUUGAAACUCCGGAAGGGCAAUCUGUUGGUCUAGUAAAAAAUUUAUCUCUUAUGUGCGAUAUUAGUGUUGGAACUUCAACAAAUAACAUUUAUGAAUUUUUAUCCGAAUGGGGAUUGGAAUCUCUUGAUGAAGUACCUCCUCAAUUAAUGAAAGAAAAAGUAAAGUUAUUUUUAAAUGGUAAAUGGGUGGGAUGCUUUAAUCAAAUAGAUAAUUUAAUUGAAACUUUAUAUGAAUUAAGAAGAAGAUGUGAUAUAUCACCAGAAGCAUCUAUUGUGAGAGAUGUAAAUAGUAAGGAAAUAAAAAUAUUUACCGAUUCAGGUAGAGCUAUGAGGCCUCUAUAUGUAGUUAAAAAUGUUAAUGGUGAGAACAAAUUAAAAUUAACAAAAGAGCAUGUAAAUAAUAUAGCAAAAUAUCCUGAAACUUAUAAUUGGGAUUAUUUAAUUCAAGAGGGGAUUAUUGAGUAUAUUGAUUGUGAAGAAGAAGAAACUACUAUGAUAAGUAUGUUUAUUGAUGAUUUAAAAACAGGAACAGGUUAUUAUAAUAAUUACACUCAUUGUGAAAUUCAUCCUUCUUUAAUAUUAGGAGUAUGCGCAUCUAUCAUUCCAUUUAGUGAUCACAAUCAAAGUCCACGUAAUACAUAUCAAAGUGCCAUGGGAAAACAAGCUAUGGGCAUUUAUGUAACAAAUUUUAAUAUACGUUUAGAUACAUUAGCUCAUUUGUUAUAUUAUCCUCAAAGGCCUUUAGUAUGCACUAAAGUAAUGGAGUAUUUGCGCUUUCGAGAUUUACCAGCUGGUAUUAAUGCCAUUGUUGCCAUUAUGUGCUAUACUGGAUAUAAUCAAGAAGAUAGUCUAAUUAUGAAUCAAUCAUCUAUUGAUAGAGGAUUAUUUAGGAGCGUUUUUUAUCGUACUUACACUAGUGAAGAAAAGCAGCAAGGAAGUUUAAUAAUAGAAUCCUUUGAAAAACCAUCUGUACGUGUUGUUAAAAAUUUAAAAAGAGGAGAUUAUACCAAAUUAGAUGAUGAUGGAUUAAUAGCACCUGGUAUUAGAGUUUUGGGAGAUGAUAUUAUUAUAGGAAAAGUAUCUCCAAAUAUUGAAGAUGAGGAUGAAAUUAUUAUACAAAAAAAAACACAAAAUACCCAAAUAUAUAACAAUUCAUCAACUAUAACUGGUUCUCCUAAUAAAGAUUCUUCUGCGAGUAACAAUGUUUAUUCUUCUUCCAGUUUUAUUUCAUCAAAUGCUUCAGAUACUUUACCUGAUUCUCCAAUUAAUGAUAAAUCUAGCAUUAGUCCUGCUUCUCCGAGCAGUGCAUCUUCAAGCCCUUCUAGUACCACUUUUUUCAGUAGUGGAAACACAUUGGCAAGUACUAAUAAUGCUAAAUAUGGAACCACCAUUGUUGGUAGUAGUAAAGAAGAUAUAGAAGUCCCUACCUUAACGAUUAGUUCAUCUAGUAUAUUAAAACAAUAUAAAAAAGAUUGCUCUUUAAGUUUGCGUUCAAAUGAAAAUGGAGUAAUAGAUACUGUUAUGUUAUCUUCUAAUAGUCGUGGAAAUAAAUUUGCAAAAGUAAAGGUUCGCUCUGUACGUAUACCUCAGAUUGGAGACAAAUUUGCAAGUAGACAUGGUCAAAAGGGAACAAUAGGAAUAACAUAUAGAACAGAAGAUAUGCCUUUUAGCGAAGAUGGAACAUUUCCUGAUAUUAUUAUGAAUCCUCAUGCUGUCCCUUCUCGUAUGACAAUUGGACAUUUAGUCGAAUGUUUAGCAGGAAAAGUUGCAGCAAUAGAAGGGGAAGAAGGAGAUGCAACCCCAUUUUCUAAAAUUACAGUCCAAGAAAUAUCUCAAAGAUUACAUAGAUUAGGUUAUGAAAAAUAUGGAAAUGAAAUAUUAUAUAAUGGUCAUAAUGGAAAAAUGAUAAAAUCGAAAAUAUUUAUUGGCCCUACAUAUUAUCAAAGAUUAAAACAUAUGGUUGAAGAUAAAAUACAUGCAAGAAGUAGAGGUCCAUUAACUAUGAUUACAAGACAGCCAACUGAAGGAAGAUCAAGAGAUGGUGGAUUACGAUUUGGGGAAAUGGAAAGAGAUUGUAUGAUUUCUCAUGGUGCUGCAAAGAUGUUAAAAGAAAGAUUAUUUGAGGAAAGUGAUGCUUACCGUGUUCAUGUUUGUGAUAAUUGUGGUUUAUGUUGUAUCGCUGAUAUUAACAAAAAUGCAUAUGAAUGUACUGUGUGUAAUAGCAAAACAAGUAUUUCACAAAUAUUUAUUCCUUAUGCUUGUAAAUUAUUAUUUCAAGAAUUAAUUACUAUGGCUAUAUAUCCAAAAUUGGUACUAGAGGAUGUAUAA